AUGUCCUCCCCACCACUGCCCUUCAACGUGUCUGCCGAGCUCAAGGCCCUGAGACACGAGAAGCAGAACCAAGACCUCCGCCGAUUACCUCCAAAUGCUACAGUUCGACGCCGUCCGCUGAACCAUGCACCGAUCGCCGACUUGCGCUCUUCUGGCGCAAAGGCCCCCAAGGUCGUUUAUGUCUCGCGUCGCACCCCCGCAGUCGCAGCGAUCAAGCGCGUGAAGCGAUAUCUGACCAGCAUCGAGAAGCGCGCUCUGCAGAAUGCAGGGGUGGGGGGCACAAGGGAGAGGGUGCAGGGGCCGAGAAGUGCAGCUGAGAAGGCGAACGAAGUACUAGCGAAGAACAAGGAAGAGGUGCUGGUCAAGGCAAGUGGAAGGGCGAUGGCUCAGGCGCUCCGUGUGGCUGAGUGGUUCCGCACCCACGAGAAGGACAUGCUCUGUAACGUGGAAGUCAGGACCGGAAGCGUCAGCACCGUAGAUGACAUUGUGGAGGGCGAUGGGGACCAUGAGAAUGAGGACAAGGACAAGAAUGACGAGGAAGCAGUGCGGGAAGAGCAAGAAUCUGUGAAGCAACAGUACGGCGACACAACGUUGGAAUUGCUAGGUGGUCCCGAUGUGACUACGCUGGGUUCAGCUGAGCAAGCUACGUCGACUGGAGAUUCGAAACCCGAAGGUGCUGGAGAGAGGGACGAUGGGGACACCAACAUGGAUGAUUCGCUGGUGAAGCAGUCGAGGCGAAAGCGGAAGAAGCGGAAGAGACAGAUGUAUGAAGCCGAUGAAUUGCCCGAGGCGCGCAUCAGAUGGGUCAACACGGUUGAGGUUGCAGUUUCAUUGCAGGGCUGA